AUGGCAGAUUUGAAGAAAGUUCAGUCGGUGGUGCUCAGGAAGCUUAGUGUCAAACAAGGCUUGCCAGAAACUCAGCUCCGUUUCAUCGUUGAGGCAUGGCUUCAGAUUGUGGAAUGCAGAAGGGUCUUGAAAUGGACAUAUGCAUAUGGAUACUACUUUCCUGAGAAUGAACCAACCAAGAAACAAUUGUUCGAGUAUUUGCAAGGGGAGGCUGAAGUUGGUUUGGAGAGGCUUCAUCUGUGUGCAGAGGUGGAGUUUAAACAGUGUGUCAACGAAAGUGAAGGUCCAUCCAAAGAUUUCCUUGGUUAUCGCAUGAAAUUAACUGGUUUGACUAAAGCAACCAAAACCUACUUCGAGAAUCUGGUUAAAGCUUUGGAGAAUGAUCUCGUGGAAGUUAAGGAGAGCAACUCAAAAACAAACUCCAAAGCUCAAAAAAACUCAAAAACAAACUCCAAAGCUCCUACCAAGAGACGAAAGUUGGUUUGA